AUGAUUGUAACCAUUCAGGCUGUUUUCUGUGUGGUUAAAGAAUUGCUUCAGUCGCUGCUUUCUUAUUGUCACGAAGAUUAUUCAGAAGGUAUGUGUAAUGGCUAUGAUGCUAUCGAAAUUCCGAUAGAGAAUCGUGGUAUGUUAAAUCUUUUGAUGUAUCUGGUUAAAUGAAACGAAAAUGGUAUGAUGAUUGGUAAAAGAUAAGUAGGUAUGAAAUGCGAAUUCAUUUCCUCUUCAAAAAAGUAUAGGGAACUUAGUUAAAUCGUAAAGUUAACUGACGUGCAAGUACAAUAUUGUGCAAAAGUAACGCAAGCGAAAAUUUCGUGCAUUUCAAAUGCGCGAAUUUGGUUUUUUCCCUUGCGAAUUUUCAUCGAAAUUUCGCGCGAAAGUUCGAAUGACAAUUCGAGGCGUUUUGAGGGAAAUUUCCGUUGAACAAAGAGCACUAUUUCGUCAAAUUUUCGCUUCGAAACGAACGUCCGGCGAAAUUUUAUGAUAAAAAGCGUACGUGUAUGUCACAAUAAUAAAUCAGAGUAGAACUCUGCUGACGUGUUCGCUUCCUUGUUGCUUCUAAAUUCAAGUCAUAAGACAGCUAUGCAAUUAAUUUUCUGUUCUUAUAUACCCCAGCAUACCAAACAAAUCUAUCUACUUUGGAUACUGGUAAUAGAUAUGUGUCUUUAUUGUUGCACAAUAUGGUUUUGUAACUUUUUCUCACCUAUGGCUCUGCACAUUUAUUUUUUAUCCUACAGGUGGACUUACAAGGAGGGAAGAACUUCAAACAGAAACAUUAAGGAAAUACAAUAAUGGUCACGUGCAACUUUCUGUGCAGAGUUCUAAUUUAAAGUUUGGUGAUGCAAAUAUUUUCAGGAAAGGUUUCCACCAAUCAACCAAUCAAGGAAAUCAUUUGCCACAUUGUAAUCAUACUGUUUGGGAAGAAGAUUGGGAUAAUGAUAUUGUAAAUGACAUGCAUCAUAGCAGAACUGAUCCCGAUAUUGAACCUUCCAAAAGUGACAUAUAUAUGACAAAUCAAAAAUCCUACCCUUGUGUUAAUAGUGAUAAAGAUUUGCUGUGGGAUGAAACAUCUUCAACACAUUCCUCAGAUUCAGAAGCUUGUUUAGUAUCUUCCCAGCAUUUUGAUGCAAAUUUAGCUACAAGAUCUCUUCACCUUGUUUCAGAAAGAGAGUGGCUGGAUGAACUUGAAUCACUAUAUUUCUCAGAUAUGUUAAUAGAACUGAAGUCACUUCUUCCAAGGGCUUUUGAAGCCAGCAGGAAUUGCUUUGAUUUUGUUUUGUAUGUUAUCAAAUUUGCUGACUUUGAUAUUCAAGCUGGCAAAAAGUCACUGGCUUAUAUGACUCUUGUUGAGUUUGAGGCCUGGCUGAAGUCAAAGACUGAAGCAAGGAAUGUUCAAGAAAUCCAACAGCUAGGUUACUGGCCAUCUGACAAUCAGAAGGACUUAGCUUUGGAAGUAGUUGCAUCAUCCACAUUUCUGCUGUUUGAGCCAGUUAAAAGGACAUUUCAACUUGAUUCAGGAGACAACAGCUUCUUAACCAAGCAUGUGAGAUUUUUAAUGUAUUCCAGGAGGAAGUACAAAGAGGUAAUGGCAAUAUAUUUGAGAAUAUAUUUUAAUCUUUAAAUCUCUCCUACUAGUAGCUUUGCCUAAUAAAAUAAUAUGUAUUCAAGAAAUUUGGAAUUAAUCAGCACUAAGUAGGAAAGUUAUGAUUCAACUAGUUCUCAGUUAAAAUUUUUUUUUUCUCACUUACAAUUUAUAUGCAAUCAUAGAAGAUUGUGUAUAAAAAGAAUCUAGUUGUUUUAGGGUCCCUUAAACCCUUAGUCAAAGAAUAAUUGCAUUUUGACGGCCAGUCUCUGAAACCUCUCUGGACCAGCUUACAAUAUAAUCAUGGUUACUAAGGAAUGUUGAAUGUUGAUUUCUGUUAUUCUUGCGAUAGGCUGCCACCAUUGCAUACAAGUUAAAACUUCAGAGGCAUUUUGAAGUAACUGAGGUAUGAACUGCACUUACUUACUUACUUACUAUAAAAGCAUAAACUAAACAAAGUCAUGUACUGAACUUACAGCAAGUAAAUUACAUGCAUGUCUGUUCUUAUGCUCAUGGGAAUGGGGGUCAUAAGGCAGUUUCCUCUACCAUACAGGUGCAUGUUGCUCAAUAGAUCUGUUCUUUUGUUCCCAGUUGUUAAAACUUCUUUCAAGAAAUAAGUGCACGUAAAGAAGAACUUCUUGGAAAUGUUUGUCAAAUACUCAGUGGAAAUUAUCAGCCAAACAAUUUGUUAGGAAGUUGUAGGAGAAGCAUAAAAAUCAAUGAAGCAGAUUUUAAAAAAGCCAACAAUUUUCAAUUUCCAGGCACCGGAUUUGAUUAAAGAUCUUGAAUCUGAAUUUACAUGUAGCUUUUUUGUUGUUGUCCCCAAAGUCUUUGUGCAGCCUCACCUAUAAACAGCACAGUUUAUUUAUAUUUUCUAGAUUUUGUUACCUUUGAUCAUUGUCGACAAGUUGCAAUUAGCAGAGAGGUAUGUUUGUGACUUGUCAAGUGAUAACUAUGACCCUUGCUCUUUCCACUCCCUCCAGAAGUGAUUUUAAUUUUUUUUCCAUUUUUAAUAUAUAUUCAAACAAACAGAAGAGAAACAAGACAUAAUAAAUGUACUUAAUAAAAUUCAUUGAUCAAUACUUGUAGUCAUUUGAAUGAUGAAAAUUUUGAUCUAUUUAUCCUACACAAGUAUAAUUUACAGAUAUGGUAUUUUGCUUCUUGACCUGAACAAAUUACAGCUAAGUUGGUAUGAAAGCUCUAAAAACUCAUUGUAAAUUACAAGCAGUGAUACUUUGUAAACUUAAAAACUAUAAUUUUUUAAUUGCGUCUAGCUAUGUGGCAGGCUGUCCCACCUCAUUACAACUUUUUAUGAAGUUGAUCGAUGAGUUGUGUACAAUGACAGAUGAUGAUCUGGAGCUUGUUGUUGAGUAAGUGAAAACAGCUGUUAAAUAUAUGACUUUUUCAAACUAAUUUCAUUUUGAUCUUCCUUAGCAUUUUACCAAUUGCAGUUGGUUAAAGAAACAAGGGCCAUCUUUAGCUCAUUUUAGAGUUACUGGCACAUAACACUAUGUUAAUCUCAAAGGGAAUGUUUACCUCAGUAACAGUUGCAUUAAUCAAAAUUAGCAUAAAGGGAAAGGCCUUAAGGUUUAUUGAUGAUGGGAAAUUUAUAAGAUCAAAUUAUCCCUAGCAAACCAGUUUUUCUCACCAUCUCAUUAGCUGCUGUAACCACGGAAAACAAGGACAAAACUAAAUGCAGAUGUAGUUUCUGCAAAUCUGAAAAAAAAAGUUUUGGUUAAAGCCAUUAAGCUGUCAAGUUGCUCUUUAGGAUGACAGCUCUGGGAAGGAAAUAAGAUGAGGCAAAACCCUUUGUCACUAACUGCUAACAGUAAUUAUUAGAGAGAUAAACUUCUUAAAUUUGUUUUUCAUCAGGAAAACUGUUUCUCCAAAACCAAAGGAUCACAGACUCAAGAACAAGAUUCUUAUUAAGUUAGGAGAGAGGCUUGUGAAAAUGUUUCAUUUAAAAGCAGGUAUGGUACUAUACGCACUAAUUGGCGUACAUACGCACUAAUUUGUAGUAAGAUUCUGACCAGGGCUUCAGCUGAGAUUUUCAAAAAAGAAGGUCACAGUUAAAAAUUUCAGUACAUCAUACAUUAUGUGGUGCAUGUACACCUUUGCUCUAACUUGUGUAUCAGCAGGCUGGUAUCCAUGCUGCUAAAAAACAAAAAUGGAAGUAUUUUGCACUGGAAAAUAUUUAUGCCAUGUAGUUUCUUCAGAUUCUGGUGUUUGCACCAUCUGAAUUUUAAGUCUUAAUUGUUUGUUUUUUACCUUUUUAAAUAUUUAUACUUUGAAGGGUUGGAUUAGGAGGGGAGGGUUGGGGUAAUGGUCAUUGUGCACCCUGCUGGAAUGUAAUUACAUGUAUUUCUUGCAUUCUUUGAUCAUGAAGAGGUACUGUACAUUUUUUAGCCUGACCAAGUCUUUUUCUUUAGGUGCUGUAGACAGUGUGCAGCAUUUUAGCCAAGGAGGCCACUACAUCUCCCUUAAUACAUCUUAAAAUCAGUUUGACUUUUCAUUCUUAAACUUCUUUUUGAUGAGAAGCAAGCAUUUUUUAAGAAACAAAACAGACUUGUCUGUUGUUCUUUAGUGUGUAAGGCAAUGUUCCGUGAAUUGAUUUCUGUUCUUCCAGAGAACUACCCCAAUAUAUACAAAGAAAAGAACUUAAAUGGAUUGAGAUAUCUCUUACAGAAGAAAUAUUCAGAGGUAAUAAUUUUCUGUGAACUAUGCAUGCGGAAUUUAAUUUUGUUACUAUGGUUAAGACUUAAAAUGGUUUUGGAGUACCGGUACUUGAACUGAUUAAAUAUUUUUAUCUUUGUAUUUGUUCUGUUUUGUAUUUUUUUUCAGAAACAACCAUUAAGUUACAAGUGGGACAAUCUCAUUGAGGUAUAUUCUAUAAAAAAUUAAGUUCCUGGAUCACACGAACAUCAGAACUUAUCACCAUCUGUAAUUGAUGAAAUAUUUUUGCAUGUGUAUUAUUUCUUUCAUCUCAUCUAAUGAAAAAAUAUGCCAGAGCUAAAAUUGGGAAAUAUUUGGUGACAAUCCCCAAGUGAUAUUCCCCUUUUUUUAAAUCUUGCAUCUAAUCUGGUGAAAUUCUUCCUUUAAAGCUGUUUCAAGUUGGGAAAGUGCUUUGCGAUUGCUACACGUCAAGAGAUAAAUAGAAUGACAAAAGCUGUGAAAUUUUGAGCUCGUUUUUGAGAGAAGAAAAAAAGAUUGAUUUUUUUUGUGUGUAUGUCUUGGUGAGCUCACCAAAGAGUUCUCUGAAUCUUAGCAGUAGAGCCACAGAGGGCAAAUUGGAAGGUCCAACUUAUGAUUCCUAAUGGGGACCAAGAUUUUGCAUUUGGCCCAUAUUUCUCUUCAAGAGACACUUGUUUGUUCAGAAUGUCGAUUCCGGUAAGGAUGCUAUUUUUUAUACGGAUUUGUCGUUUGCCUUACAGAGUGCUCUUGGUGAUAACAAAUGGCUUCAGCACAAACUAAUAGAAAGUUUAGUUGAGUUUGAUGAUAUUGAAGAGGCUGUUAGAUGGACUAGGUACUAUUGCCUGCCUUUGGAGUCAGUUCAUCCUUUGGUUAAAGAUCUUGUGGAAAGAUGGUAGGUUUCAAAGCCUCAUUCUACUCGCGCAUUCAUCUGACGAGCAUGUCCUUCUCAUAUUCGGAACAAAAGUCAACCCCCUCCACGUCACAGUCACACCCCCAGAAAGGGGGAUUUGAUACCCAAUCACGGUUAAUGCUGUAUAGAAUAUUCUUAAAAGACAGAAAUGACCUGAUGAUGCUAGACUCUAACCCUGAUGACAAGCUUUAGCCCUGUCCUUCUGUGUUUUAAUGGAAAGAACAAGAAUCACAAAAAUUUUUGCAAUCAGCACGUAUAUGGCAGAAAUUGAACUCUGCCCAUUGCCUUUCAGUCUUUCAUGCAGUAAUGCUCAGUAACUUUCUCCCAUACCUGUACAUAGUGCGUCUUUCCACUCAAGAGAAAAGUGAUGAUCAGAUAACGUAAAGAAAUCUUGAGAAACGCCCAGUGGAGGUCAUCAUAACCUGCAAUAUACAAGCAUCCUAUUCAGGGAGAUGGUGCGGUUGCUCUCCAGGCUGGGAUAGACUCUUCAGUCCUUGGUUGCCAAAUUUUUCACUCAUAAAAUUGUCUUGUGUCCAGGCAACAUGUAUAACAUGAUGUAAGCAAUUUCUAAUUUCCUAUUUGACAUUGCCAAUCGUUUUUACAUUUUUAAGGCAAGGUGCAAAUGAAGAUUCUGAAGACUGGGAAGCGGAAAUAGAAGGAAAGGCGGAACGUAAAGUGUACAACGAUAUACCUUCAACAUUAAAUUCUGCACCUGCCAACUGCUAUCGGCUGCCAUUAUCUGCUGAUAGGAUAUUCGUGGUUGAUAACACUCAGUCUUUAAGGGAAUGUACGCAAGUCCUCUGUAAGGUACGUGCAGUUUUGUAUUGUACUUGAGGUUAACAUGACAUCCUGAAUUAAGGUCAAUGAAGGUUAUGGAGGAAAUCGUUGGGGGGAGGCUACUUGGUAUUUGAAUCACUCACUUUUUGGUUCAUCUGUAAAAGAAACGCCAAACUGUCUUUACGACAAAUCUGAUGCUUCAAUUGUUGACAUAUUUCUCAAGCAAUCCCUUUUUCCUCGUAACGAAUUAAUCUUUCGAAUAUUUGUGCGUUUGAGACAAACAUCUUCUCAGCUAGGAGAUUCCUUCUGAAAUGGUUAUGAUUGUUAGAAAAACAUACAGAUAAAAAAAAAUUAUGUAAACAAAUGUGCAAAAAUAUUCAUAUAUUUUGCGUUUAUACUGAGCGUUAUUUGUCUUUGUUAGCCCGGUAAUGUUGUAGGAUUUGACACUGAGUGGAGACCGACAAUGUGUCGCGCGGGGACUGAUGACAGGUCAGUGGAACUCGCCCGGUUUGACAACCUAAGUUUGAGAAUUUUCUUUUCAGCUCGGUUGUAUCUUGAUUAAAGUAAUCGAAGAAAUGUGAGUAGUAUAAAAUGUUAAAACUGCUUCAAGACUAAUUUUCAAAUUGGUGUCGAUAGGUAUCCAAGAUUACAUAGCUUUUAACUUAAUUUGCUUUGUGACUGGUCAACCCAUAAGAUGUAAAGGUCCUCCAGGUCCUCUCAUCCCGGUUUAAACUCGCCUUCAGGUUGUCUCGCUUCUAAAGUCAGUUUCGCCCCAGGUCAUCAUGCCGUAGGUCAAAUUCGCUUCAGGUCGUUUCUUCCCCAAAGUUAGUUUCGCGCCAUUUUUCCUCUCAGGUUGUCUCGCCCUAGGUAAAUUCACCUUAGGUCGUCUGGCCCCCAAAUUUAGUUUCGCCCCAGAUCAAAUUCGCCUCAGGUUAUGUUGCCCGAGGUCAUCUCGCACCAGGUCAAACUCGCAAACUUUAGUUUUGGUGUACAGCUAAAUGUGAUUGGUUGAUAUGUGUGACAGUGUCUGUAUCAGCUUCAGAAGAAGAAAUUUUCUUUACCCCCGUGUCAUUUGACAAUAUUUUUUUCGUGCAGGCUUUCGAUUAUUCAGCUUUCUACAUGGAAUGAAGUGUUUAUAUUGGACGUGAUAGCAAUGACAGACAAUGUUAAAGACGCCGAGAUGCAACAGUUUGCUGAAAGUUUCUUUGCUAAUCCUCGCGUUCUAAAGCUAGGUAAAGAGUUAAGCUUAUCAGUACUGGUGUAAAAAGGAACAGCAGCUUCCUUAAAAUUUUUGUCCAAUUGUUGUGUGCAAACGAAAACAUCAAUAACCUGAAGGCAUUGUUAUUUUGAAAGAAUCUCCAAGAGGUGAGCUGAUCUAGAAGGGGAAGGAGCCAGUUAAAAAUUGGUGAAGUUGAUUUGCUCUGAAACGAUCCCUCACAUUUAUAUAUCUGCACACUAUUUCCUCUUAACAAAUAUUCGUUCGUCCGUUGGCCUAUAAACAGCAGAAGAAAACUUUUCGAUUACUUUUUGGAAGUGUUUCCGAAGGUUGUCUUAGAUGCAGAAACAUACAUACACUUUUUCAAAUAACAUACUGUGCAGCGAGAAAUAUUAAAAAGUUAUAAGUGUACUGUAUUUUGCGCAAAUUAACUGUCAUAUGCUUGGUUGGUUAAUUGAACAUUUAAUAUUGGUUUGACAGGUUAUGGAGUUGACUCUGAUUUUCGAAACUUGGUUUCUUCGAGUCCCCCGUGCGAACAUGCUGUGACACGUCUUGCUCGGUUUGUUGACCUGUGUCCAUUAAGUAAACAGGUAGGAAAGAUUUAGAACUCCUUUGAAAAUGUGAUUCCUCCAAGCUGCGGGUUAAGUGAAUUUGUUGGCCUAUGUGUGCAACUCGGCUUUUCUUAAAGAAACCUUGAGCUGCAUCCGUUUGUUUGUAAUGUAGAGCUUCCCUUCCCACCCCUGUAGUUGAAUAAAACACACAAGACGAAUAAGAAUCUGUCCAUGACAUUUUGUACAUUGUUUUAAAUUACUCCUUGAAUUUCACAACAGAGAUAACGCAGAUUUUGACAGCGUCACUUGCCCCUUUAUGUGGCGAAGUUCGUCAUGUAGUUUAGUUUCUAUAUUCUGAUAACAGGUCGUUAGUAAGAUUUUGAUAUUUGGUUAACCAUGGCAAACAGGAGGAGUCAGUGAGCCAGUGAACACUUGAAAUGUAAGAAUUAAGCCUGUUAUGAACAGAAACACUCACAUUAAUAAACGCACAUUGAGCUGCUUGAAAACUUCGCAAGAAUUCAUAUGGAAAGACUUACAAUGUGGUCAAACUUGAAAGUCCACUGAAUGUGCGUUUAUUAAUGUGAGUGAUCCUGUUGAAAACAGGCUUCAUAUAUUUGUUUACAUAGAUACUCAGUAUACCAAGUGUGCAACAAAAAGUCAGCUCCCGCAUGCGUAGUGUAUCUGCAAGAGAGCGUGCUUGUAUGGAAGAAGAGCGAGGCUUGAGCGAGUUGGCGUUCUUGUGCCUUGGUCAAGCUUUAGACAAAACGUAUCAGAUCUCCGACUGGGAACGGCGUCCGUUAAGCGAGGAUCAGCUGAUUUAUGCAGGUAACUCCUGCUUUUGAAGGACAAGGAAUGAAUAAGGAUUAGAGACUGGGUACAAGUUUGAAUUGUGAUGAUUGUUCAAUUAAACUGUUAUAGUUUCGAGCUUGGUUAUUAUAGAUUUAUCAUGGAGCAACUAUUAUAGAUUUAUCAUGGAGCAACUAUUAUAGAUUUAUCAUGGAGCAACUAUUAUAGAUUUAUCAUGGAGCAACUAUUAUAGAUUUAUCAUGGAGCAACUAUUAUAGAUUUAUCAUGGAGCAACUAUUAUAGAUUUAUCAUGGAGCAACUAUUAUAGAUUUAUCAUGGAGCAACUAUUAUAGAUUUAUCAUGGAGCAACUAUUAUAGAUUUAUCAUGGAGCAACUAUUAUAGAUUUAUCAUGGAGCAACUAUUAUAGAUUUAUCAUGGAGCAACUAUUAUAGAUUUAUCAUGGAGCAACUAUUAUAGAUUUAUCAUGGAGCAACUAUUAUAGAUUUAUCAUGGAGCAACUAUUAUAGAUUUAUCAUGGAGCAACUAUUAUAGAUUUAUCAUGGAGCAACUAUUAUAGAUUUAUCAUGGAGCAACUAUUAUAGAUUUAUCAUGGAGCAACUAUUAUAGAUUUAUCAUGGAGCAACUCACUUUGUCAAGGGCGAUCAUCAUAAAUAACUCAUCCAUUGCCUCCAUUGUAUUUACCGGGUGUGUACUGAUCACUGAAUCCGGUUGAAUCCAUGUAGCCGCUACAAAUGAAAUGUCUCUUCUGUGGGAAAGCAAACGAAGCACAACUUUGUAGCUUUUGUAACAGCCGGUUUUGCGAGUGGUCAAUAAAAUAAACUACCAGCCACGCAUGCCAGGUGAAGCAAUAUCGAUUUCACAGUGUUGUUUUUAAUUGAUUAAAUUUUGUUUUUAGCUGUUACCAUCUUUAUUGCAUUAUAUAUUCAUGUCGUGUAUGAAUACUUUUAUAUCACGUAUCAAAUGAACAUAAUGUUUUGUCUAAAUGUAGUCGAUUCUCUCAUAAACUUGUGUAUUACGAUCCAUCCAAUUUCCUUUUUAGAUAGGAUGAUGAGAAACAACUAUGUGGAAAUAAACAAGACAAUUCCGUUUGUUGUAAAUAACUUGUUCUAUUCUCUGUCUAGCCUUAGAUGCUUUCUGUUUGCUGGAGAUUUACGAGGUCCUUAAACAGUGGGUCGUGGAGUCGAGGUUACGAGUCGAUAUGGAGCCUGGUCUUGUGCUUACAUGGUUACAUCCGAAGAAGGAAAAACAGCGGUAUGUUGUUUUUAUGGUGGUUCUUUUCUCUGUCAUACGGAAAGACAAGUCUUGAUACAAAGAAGAAUUUACACGAUAGCCAGUCCGCAUGUCUGCUUAUAAAGAAACCUGCGUGCAAAGAGAAGGCUGUCAUGAAGGUGUUCUUCUGCCUUAGGUGUGCUUAUUGGAGUGCCUGCUGGACGCGCCAUUCCAUUUCAUGAUAAUCAAACUCUGAUUAGUACAUCUUGCUUUCUCUAACUUACACUUUUUUGUGUCUUACUUGACCACAAGCUCUUGAGACCAACCACAAAGAAACUUGUCUUGCAAAAACUAUCAGUGCCGUGAGAUAAUAUAAUUUGUUGGACAUGUAAGAACCUAGCUGGGACUGGUUAAUACAUUAAGGAAGCGUUUAGAAACUUGUAACAUUGACAUUUGAUGCAUGGCACGCAAUUUUUCCAUCGUUAGCAACUCCUUUGCCUUACUUGUUGCUAGUAUUAUUAGUAUUUAGCCUCGAUGUUUUGUGUUUUGUUGCAGUCGGAGCAGACGGAAGCAGCCGAAGCCAGGCACGCGCUCUAAUGUGAGUCGCCACAAUCUUACUUCACUUGGACAGGUUUUCACAUGAAAACCGGCAAUUCUAAUAGAAAAUUAUGUGAACACAUUUGUAAGAACAUGAACUUUUUUCUCUUUAAUUUGCAGUGGGUUUUUCUUUGUAUGUAAAGUGUGUGUUGUCACCUGAUCGUCUCUGGAGGUUUUACUUCUGUGGCGUUUGCAGUGAAAAGGUUGAAAUGUUUCUAAAGAACAUUUCUGAGCAGUUCAUAUUGAAAUGCUUAGUUGUGAGUGACAUCAAGAGGGUUUAGUGAUUAUGUAAAGACAUUUCGUAGCGUUUACGAAGCACAGCCGAUGAAUAGGUUUUCACCAUUUUAGAAUCCAACAGCACACCAAAUACGAGGGCAUCUGUGCUGAAUGAAGACAUGAGGCUCGGUCACAUGGCUUCCAUUCUUUCUUCUUUAGGAUUUGCUUCCUCCUGCGAAGAAAAGAGAUCCCAUUCCUCCUCAGUCACUCAGGGUCGUGGUUGAUACAAUGCUGCAGGGUCUGGGUCAACAUUUGAGAUGUUGCGGGAUUGAUGUGGUUAUUCUGGAUAACAAGGGCGAACACGAAAGAGCAGUUAAGGUAGAGCAGUAGUCUAACAGUGGCCCGGUGUUUCGCGCGCUGCGCUUCGCACCGAGUGCUCUGAGCUUGACCCCCUAGCGGAACAUUUUUUGUGCUUUCUGUCAAUUUUGAGUUAUUGUCACCGCCCUUAUCAUACUUGAUUCCGUAUGUUCUAAACUGAGUGUUUCAUUGACUAAGUAAAGCGAGGGUUAAGUCGUCCCUGUAAAAAUAUAUUUAUAUUCCUUGAAGAGAAUCACAUAAGUGAAGAAAAUUGAAAGCGGCAAGGAAGACGUGAUGAUCUUGUUUGAGGGCCUUUCUCGUUCCGUGGCGGUAUAGUUUUCUCUCUAAAGUAUGUAAAUAGUGACACCUUCCUUAAAGUAUAUAACUCGUCUCCUUUAGGAGGAGUAUCCAUACUAAGGAGGUCAGCGGACUUUAAACAUAUUGAGGUUUUUGUGUCUGUUAACAGAUUGCCCAAACUGAGAAUAGAAUCAUCCUAACAACGGGUUUACCAUAUGAACAGGUAAACGUAGUUAUUAGACAUUUGUAACCGCCUUCUUUACGAACUAACAUCCCGGAUAAAUGAUGGAUGUUGUGAAUCUCGAAAGAGAAAGAUUAAAGGUAGAUAUCUUGGCGUGAGUUACUCAUUCUCCCUCAGUAUCAGCGAUUUAUUGGGUUUCCUUUCAAUCGAUCCAAUAACACUUACGAGUAAAGGAUAGGUACGAUUUUCAAAAAAGUGUACAGAGAAGAGACGCAUAAAUAUACAGAGUAUGGAAAUGGGGAUAAUCAAGUGAAUGGAGAAAGUAAAAAAAAAAAAAAAAGAAUGCAUCUACUUUCUACUUUAAAGAAGGGAUAAAGACUUAAGUACCACUUUUUGGAAAGACUGAUGCCAUGCUAGUUUGUUUGUUCGUUGUUUAGUUGCGUGCCCGGGUACCUGAAGGAAUGUGCGUUUGUGUUCCAAGUGGAAAGAUUCGACAACAAGUAUCGGCUCUGGUGAAAUAUUUUAACGUGCAAGUAAAGAAACAAGAUAUCUUUAGUCGCUGUCAGGUUUGUGUGUGGCUCUGUGGUUAGUGCGAGCUUUUCUUUAGAGGGUUUUCGUAAAGUCAAAAUGAGGAUAAAUAAAUGGAUGAAGUGCCUAAUAAUUUUUUGUUUCGGGCGUAACCCUUCUUCCGUGUGGUAAGGUCAAGUUUGCAAAUCAGGAGACUUAUGCAUUAUGUUGAAAAUUUCUUUAGCGUACGUGGAAUGAUUUAGAAGAACAACUUCAACCUGGCCGUUAAAUCGGGUUCAUAUCAGAAAAAUUGGUAACUCUCCUGAUAGAUGAAUGAAAUUUCAGCUUUUGUGUAUUAUAUCACGCCGAAUUCUUGUAUUCUAAGUUUCAUCUUCAAUGAAUUUGUUGUAGGUCUGCAAUGGGGAUGAUUUCGUGAAAGUUCAUAAGGAUGACAUGCGAUUAGUCAUGGGGAUCUUCCAUGGUCGUUUUAGAGCCCCACUGCCCGGCUUUGAGCCAAAGAACUGUCCUGUGAAUCUUAAGGAUCUGACUUUACCCAGCGGAGUGCCUCUGAAGCUUGGUCCAUUACCUGAAACUGUAGUGGACAGUGUGGAUUUGUUCUUUUGUUGUUCCACUUGUGGUAAAAUUUUCUGGGAAGGGGGACAUCACAAAAGAGUCAACGCACAAUUUUCUUACGUCCUGGACAGUUCCCAAUAGCAAAACCCAUCUUAGCUGUCUUUAUUAAGUGGAGUACCUCCCAAGUUUGUCCCAAAAAUAUAUUUCGUUACUUUCUGUUGUCUAACAAGUGAAUGAUCUUCAAAUUACUAUCACAUGAUUGAAGAAUCCAAAACUCGUGUCGUGGUUUAGAGACACGGGGUAGAGACACCACAAAUUUGAGACUCUUGCCGUUGGUAAACUCAAUAUUGAGAUACUUUUCCCCUGUUUGUAAUGGCAAGAAAAUUUUAAACAUUUUCGCCAUUGACGUUCACACAUUCUUGAGAAACCACAACUUUAUCGAUGAACAUUGUUGACUGGUCAACUCUGUUGAUAGAAACACGAUGGAGAGACAUUGCGAUUUAUUUCCUGUUUCGUUGUUGAUGAAUACACGAUGCAGACACCUUUGAUUUAAAAAUGUUUCCUUGCAAACAUUUGAUAUAGAAACCACACCUAUAAAACAUUUUCAUAAAUUUACAAUGUAGAGACACCACCACUUUACAAUCGUCC